UGCGUAUGUUACAUGACGUACCCUCAAAUGCACUCCCUGUGUAGUGUGUACAUGUUGGUGUUAAGAUAUUCUCAACGAAGUAAUUACGUACAGUACCCUCAAAUUUCUUCAGUGUGGGCCAAAAAGGCGGGCAUUGUUAUCUGAUAUCUGAGUAGUGAGGCAGUCCUGUGUGUACUGCUGUCUGACAACUGAUGGUGCAAUCGCUUAUUUGCAUAAAAGCUUAUGACUUCAUGCACUGCUGGCAUGCUACAGAGCUCUGUAUUUAAUGUGCAGGUGAAAGUACAAUAAGCAAGCAUAUUUUAUCGGUCUGACUCUGAAAUCCAAGGAAUAUACACACAAACCGCUGAAAUGGCUGACUCUGAGAUCGAGAAAGCAGACACUCCACCACCUCCCUAUGUGGCAGUAGUAAGCAAUGGAAAGACAGAGCCAGUAUCACCGCAGAAUGGAGAGGUUCUAGAGAAUGGCAAUGGGUCUGCAGCACCGCAGAAUGGCAAAGUGUCUGCAGCACCGCUUAAUGGAGAACAGAAUGGCAAAGGGUCCAAAGCUAAAGAUGACAAGGAUGAUAAAGAUAAGAAGCCGGAUAUUCCACCUGUUGGUUUCUUGAAGUUGUAUCGUUUUGCCACGCCGUUUGAUAUCUUCAUAACAUUAAUAGCUGUGUUAGCAUCUCUUGCUCAAGGAGUGUCAUUUCCGUUAUUACUUCUCUUCUUUGGUGACAUCACAGACACUUUAAUUGGCUCAGUUGACUUAACUGGCAAUAUCACCUUACCCACUGAUUCAUCUGGAAAUGUCGUUGAUCCUGUUAAGUUAUUUCGAGACGAGAUUACAAGAUUCUGUGUCAUCUAUGCCAUUCUUGGUGUUGCUGUUAUGGGUGUAUCAUACGUCUCACAUUCACUCUGGAAUACAACAGCAUCUCGCCAAAUGUUUACCAUUCGUAAACGGUUCUUUGCCGCAAUUCUUCGGCAGGAGAUUGGUUGGUUUGACACCCAUGAGAGUGGCGAGCUUAACACCCGACUGUCUGAGGAUGUUGACAAGAUCCGAAUGGGUAUUGGAGACAAAGUUGGGCAGACUCUGUAUCUUAUAACUGUCUUUCUUGCUGGAAUAGUUCUUGGGUUCGUGAAGAGUUGGAAGUUAACUCUGGUCAUUCUAGCCAUCUCUCCACUCAUUGUAGCCAGUGCUGGACUCAUGGCAAAAGUCCUCCAGACGUUCUCUAAGAAAGAAUUUGACUCUUACGCUAAAGCUGGCUCCAUUGCAGAGGAAGUCCUCUCUUCAAUCAGAACUGUGGUGUCAUUUGGCGGCCAACAAAAAGAACUAGCAAGGUAUACUACUAUGUUGGAAGGAGCUAAGAGUCAAGGAAUCAAGCGUAAUACUGCCCAAGCUGCCGGUAUUGGUGUUGUGUACUUGGUUAUGUUUGGUGCUUACGGGCUUGCUUUCUGGUAUGGAACUGAACUUUUUCUGGAGAACGAGUUAGCACCUGGGGACAUUCUUGUGGUGUUCUUUGCUGUCCUAUUUGGUGCGUUUUCCUUCGGUCAAGCUGGGCCAAACUUUGGCAAUAUCUCCCAAGCAAGGGGAGCUGCUGCAGUUAUCUGGGCAGUCAUUGACCAGAAACCAUCCAUUGACAGCAGUUCUGAUAAAGGACUGAAACCAGAUACAGUGACUGGUGAAAUCAGCUUUGAAAAUGUUCAUUUCGUCUAUCCAUCAAGACCAGAUGUUAAGGUUUUAAAUGGAUUGAAUCUGAAGGUCAAACAAGGUCAAACAGUGGCUUUGGUUGGAAGCAGUGGAUGUGGAAAGAGUACUACAGUUCAACUUGUUCAACGAUUCUAUGAUGCUGGAGAAGGAGUGGUCAAGUUGGAUGGUGUUGACUUGAAGGAUCUGAACGUGAAAUGGUUGCGGCAACACACCGGUACCGUCAGCCAAGAACCAAUCCUCUUUGCUUGUUCAAUCAAAGACAACAUACGUUAUGGUCGUAUGGAUGUUACAGAUGAACAGAUACAAGCAGCUGCUGUAGAGGCUAAUGCUCAUGACUUCAUAUCAGCUCUGCCAAAGGGAUAUGAUACUCUUGUUGGUGAACGAGGUGCACAGCUGUCUGGUGGUCAGAAGCAACGUGUUGCCAUAGCGAGGGCGCUAGUUCGUAAUCCAAAGAUCCUCUUGUUGGAUGAAGCUACAUCAGCUCUUGAUACUGAGAGUGAAGGUACUGUCCAAGCAGCUCUAGACAAAGCUCAGAGUGGCCGUACAACCAUCGUCAUCGCUCAUCGUCUCUCUACCAUACGCAAUGCUGACAUGAUCUGCGCUUUUAAAGAGGGUAACAUUGUUGAGCAGGGAACCCACGCUGAGUUGAUGACGCUUGAGGGCGGUAUUUAUCAGAAUCUUGUCCAGCUACAGUCUCGCAAAGAGGAGAAGCCUGAGAAACCAAAAGAGGAAUUGGAAGAUGAAGACGAAGAUGAAGAGAAAACCAAUGAGACACCUGUACUACAAGGAGGUCCAAGUUCACCAAAGAACACCCCAUUGAUUGAUGGCAAUGAUCUUAAUAGAUCAGACUCAAAACGUGGAUCAGUCAAAGGACUGAAGAGAAUGAUGUCCAAUAUCUCAAGUCACUCAGUCUCUUCAAAGAAAGAUGAAAAGAAAGAGGAAGAAGAGCUGUUGAAACAUUUCAGCUUUGGUCGAAUUAUGAAAAUGAAUUCUCCGGAAUGGUGCUACAUCAUUAUGGGAAGUAUUGCUGCUGGAGUGAAUGGAGCUAUGCAACCAGCCUUUGCUAUCAUCUUCAGUCGUGUCUUAGGGACAUUUGCCUUGACUGAUGUUGAUGAGAUCAAUGCCCGAACUACCCUAUACUGCCUCUUGUUUGCUGCUAUUGGUGUUGUCAUCAUGGUAGCCAGUGUUGUACAGGGAUCUGCUCUAGGUAAAUCCGGGGAAGAGCUUACAGUACGAUUAAGACAUAACGCUUUCAAGGCCAUGUUACGACAGGAUAUUUCAUGGUUUGACGAUGAAAAAAACAGCACUGGUGCACUGACAACCCGAUUGGCUACUGAAGCUGCCCAAGUCCAAGGAGCGACUGGUGCUCGUAUUGGUGUGUUGAUGCAAUCUGUUUGCAACAUUGGUACAGCUAUCGUUAUUUCCUUCAUCUAUGGAUGGCAGUUGACUCUUCUCGUAUUGGCAUUCCUUCCAUUCAUUGCCAUUGCUGGUGCUAUUGAGUGGCAACUUGUUCAAUCAUCAGAAGCUCAAGAUAAAGAAGCUCUUGAGGCAUCUGGAAAGGUUGCUACAGAGGCCAUUGAGAAUAUGAGAACUGUUGCUUCACUCACUCGGGAAGAAACCUUCCAUAGCAAGUACCUUUCCCUUCUUGAAGGGCCAUACAGGACCAAUCUGAAGAGAGCCCAGGCCAGUGGUAUAGCUUAUGGUGUAUCUCAAGGAAUCAUCUUCUUUGCUUACGCCGCUGCCUUUAGACUCGGUGGACAUCUUGUGGAGAUUCAAGUCAUGACAUUUGAUAAUGUAUUUCUAGUGUUUUCUGCAAUCAUCUUUGGUGGUUUUGCUCUUGGAGGUGCGGCUGCACUAGCCCCUGAUUACUCCAAGGCUAAGUUUGCUUGUUCUCAUUUAUUCAAAUUGAUGGACAGAGAACCAGAAAUUGACUCCUAUGACACUGAGGGACACGUUAUGACGGAUUAUAAUCCAGAGAUCAAGUUUGACAAUGUUCGUUUCCGUUACCCAAGUCGUCCUGAUGUACCUGUCCUUCGAGGGCUAAGUGUUUCUGUCAAACCAGGAGAGACUCUAGCUUUGGUUGGAAGCAGUGGAUGUGGUAAGAGUACCUCUAUUCAGAUCCUGGAGAGGUUUUAUGACGCAGAGAGUGGCACUGUGACACUUGACGAGCGUGGUCUGUCUACCCUGAAUAUUGGUUGGUUGAGAUCUCAGAUUGGUCUUGUAUCUCAAGAGCCAGUGCUAUUUGAUCGUACUAUUGCUGAGAACAUUGCUUAUGGUGAUAACUCUAGAGACGUCGGAAUGGAGGAGAUUAUUGCUGCUGCUACUAAGUCCAACAUUCAUGAGUUUAUUGCUGCUCUACCAGCGGGUUAUGAGACAAAAGUUGGCGAGAAAGGAACUCAGCUGUCUGGUGGUCAGAAACAACGAGUCGCCAUUGCGAGGUCACUUGUCCGUAAUCCAAAGAUCCUCUUGCUAGACGAGGCCACUUCAGCUCUGGACACAGAAAGCGAAAAGGUUGUACAAGAAGCCUUAGACGAGGCCAAGAAGGGUCGUACCUGCAUCACUAUUGCCCACCGUCUCUCCACUAUCCACGAUGCUGAGAAGAUUGCCGUCAUCCGCCAUGGCAAAGUAGCCGAGUUGGGCAAGCAUGAUGAGCUCAUGCAACUGAAGGGACAGUACUACAGUUUGUACACAGCACAAGAUUUGCAUCAAUAAAUUGAUUCCUACUCAAUAUUUCAUCCUUCAACUUUAGUCAAACUUUUAAAUACUAUAACAAAAUGCAACUAAUAUUGGCCAGUGUUUUCCUUUAUAAUCAACUUCAGUGUGUGAAGAUCAGUAAAUUUGAAGUGUAUGGGUGCAUCAUUUUGUUAAAAUAAUUGUCAAGAUAUAUCAAAGAGUAUCUUUUGAAGGCACAGAAAGUGACUUGUGCCUAUGAAAGGAAGUGCCUCUUCAAAAAGAAAAAAAUUGCAUCAUUUUUGUUUAUUAACUUUCCAACAGAAUAUCUAUACUUCCUCACCAAGUUCCCUUGUACGAUUUUUUGAUAUAAGUCUUUCCAUAAAAUCUUCAGGACCAGUCCAUUACCUCAAGAUAUAUUUAUACUAUCAAGUAUCAACUUAGAGUAAUGAGCUUGUCUUUAAGGAAAUUAGAAGAUAAAGAAGUGUGUCUUAAACAAAUGUUAUAUACAUCUAUUUUUUAAGGAAUCUAAAAUUUUACUCCAAGAUUUGAUUACAUGAUAAAUUUGGAUAAAUGUAAAUAACAGCUUUGUAAGUGUAAUGCAUUAUAAACAUGGUAUAUCAUCGCAAGCUGAAUAAUGGUUUAGUGAAUUUGCAGUAAGAAAAUCCUAAUAUUUCAGAUAAAUUUUAGUGUGCAGUUACGAAGUGUUAUAUUGUUGUUUAUUCUGCUAGCAUUUAACUUAGAAGUAAGUUGCAUUUAAGCACUCACUGAUGGCACACUUGUAUAAGUCUCAACAUCCAUUCAAACUACGACCUUGGAGCUGUAUACAUUUAACUCCAUGCUAUUAAAGACCAAGGCCCGAGUUCAUCAAGCUGCUUUUAUGGAAUAAACAUGUUUUGAUGAGCAGUGUUAACCAGGGCCCAACUAAAUCAAGCUUGUAAAGCACAAAAAGUUGCUAAGCAUAGUAAAGUUUUGCUCAGCAGUAACAGUUUACCUGCCAAAAUUACAUUGCACGGGAAGACCGGUGCCCUUCUUAAGAACUUUGUUGAGCAGGUUUUUCUGCUUAACAGCUUUAUGAAAUAAGAUAGGACCCAGUACACCAGUCAAAGGUGAUAAGUGUGGCAUGGUAGUUUGGCAGAGGUAACUUUAUUCAUGUAAGAAUCAGAUUUGUGCUUGAAGUAGAUCUAUGAAUCUGGGCCCAUAUAUUUCAACUGUAAAUAAAAUCCAUUUGUUGUAUAAUAAUGUAUUGAUGGUUUAUGUAGUGAAGGUUGUUUUAACACAAGUUUUGAUAAUUGUCUUUCAAUCUAAAUGCACUAAGUGGAAUCUUAAACAGAAAAUAAAUCAGAACGUAUUCAUUCAAGAAGAUCUCUUUUAUACUUGAAUGCCUUACAGUGUCGUUCAAUAGUUUAACACAGGGCUUCAAUCUUUGGACCAUUUUUACACAAAAAUUCAUGACAGAAAAGCAGAGUGUGUGAUUCCUGAUUUGUGAUCUUCAAGCAAGAUUUGCUUUUUUACAUAAAUGUACAAAGACUAUUUGAUUUUUACACAUAAUUAGUUCCUUAUCUGGGUAACACUGUGUAAUUAGUUAUUAAUUGCCAGUCAGCAUUAUGAAUUUCUUGGUAAAUAUUAUUCACAUUUAACAUUAUUUGUAACCUAGCUAGUAACACUCAUUCUGUAUAUUUUUUGAAUUGUUUUCUUUUCACGAGAUGAGUUGAUUGUUAUCUUGUACGAAAUUUGCAAUGAAGUAAUGAAUAAAUUAGUAGUAAAUGUACACA